CCCCGCCCUCUACUCCACCUCCCUCCCUAGUCCACCCCCCGCUCCGGGGCGGUCCUAGCUGCUCACCGCAAGAAGAAAAGCCACCCAUUCGUCUCCCUCCCCUACCUCCCAUCCUCUGCCCAAGAGCUGCCUUCAUUGCAGUCACGCCCCUUCCUUCCGAGGAGCUUUCUGGCUGCCUAAACUGGUAGACCCCCUGAAUUACUCCUCCAUCUCUGCUCUCUUUCGCCGCCUCUUCUUUUAGUUCCCCCCCCCACCAACUACCACCACCUCCAGUCUGUCUCGCCUCCGACCAUCCGCUGCUCCACCCUCCGGCCCGGUAUCCUGCCUGUCCACUGCCACCAAGGAGAACCCAGACGGAGCUGCAAGGAGGGGAGCAGCCGGCAGUUGGGGCUUCCCCCCUGCCCAUCCCUGGCCGUCGGCCCGGGACCGAAGCCACUUGAACGAGCAGAGAGUCGUCACCUUGUCUUCGUUGCCUUCAGGGAGCUGCUGAGAAGGAAGGACAAAUAAGAUAACAAGUGAAAGAGCUUUUGUCUCCUUAGAAGGAAGACUGAGAAACUAAAGAGUGACCAGUGGUUGGAUUCUUGGCGGCGCUUACCCUGAACCUGAGUUUUAGGGGAGAGGGAAUCUGCUGUUGCUGUUUCUGGAGCUGCUCAUAAACAAGAAUUCCCUAUCCUGAUCAAGGCUUUAAGCCUAAAAGAAAGCAGAAAUAGGUCAAGGGCAGCCCAGGUGCCCAAUUUCUCUCUCUCUUCACAAGGCACCACCAGCAAUAGAGAUGAGAAAUUCUGAAGAACAGCCAAGCGGAGGAACAACAGUAUUGCAGCGUCUGCUACAAGAGCAGCUUCGCUAUGGCAAUCCUAGUGAGAAUCGCAACCUGCUUGCCAUACACCAGCAAGCCACAGGGAAUGGUCCUCCUUUUCCUGGUAGCAGUGGGAACCCAGGUCCUCAGAAUGAUGUGAUGAGUCCCCAAGACCACCACCAACAACUUGUGGCUCAUGCUGCUCGACAGGAACCCCAAGGGCAAGAAAUCCAGUCAGAAAACAUCAUCAUGGAGAAGCAGCUGUCUCCUCGAAUGCAGAAUAAUGAAGAACUCCCAACCUAUGAAGAAGCCAAGGUUCAGUCCCAGUAUUUUAGGGGCCAACAGCAUGCAAGUGUUGGAGCUGCCUUCUAUGUUACUGGAGUCACCAACCAGAAAAUGAGGACCGAGGGACGCCCAUCAGUUCAGCGACUCAAUCCUGGCAAGAUGCACCAGGAUGAAGGACUAAGAGACCUUAAGCAAGGGCAUGUCCGCUCCUUGAGUGAACGAUUAAUGCAGAUGUCACUGGCCACCAGUGGAGUUAAGGCCCAUCCUCCUGUUACCAGUGCUCCCCUCUCCCCACCACAACCCAGUGACAUCUACAAGAAUCCCACAAGUUCCAGUGAAUUCUACAAGGCCCAAGGGCCACCUCCUAAUCAGCAUAGCCUGAAGGGCAUGGAACACCGAGGCCCCCCUCCAGAGUAUCCCUUCAAGGGCAUGCCACCCCAGUCUGUAGUGUGCAAGCCCCAAGAGCCAGGGCACUUCUAUAGUGAGCAUCGCCUGAACCAGCCAGGGAGAACAGAGGGGCAACUGAUGAGGUAUCAGCAUCCCCCUGAGUAUGGAGCAGCCAGGCCAACGCAGGACAUCUCAUUGUCACUGUCAGCCAGGAACUCUCAGCCUCACAGCCCUACGUCUUCCCUGACAUCUGGGGGUUCCUUGCCCUUGCUACAAUCUCCACCGUCCACUAGAUUGUCUCCUGCCCAACACUCCUUGGUCCCAAACCAGGGAGACCAUCCAGCUCACCUGCCUAGGCCACAGCAGCAUUUUCUUCCUAAUCAGGCUCACCAGGGAGAUCAUUACCGUCUCUCGCAACCUGGCCUAAGUCAGCAGCAGCAGCAACAACAGCAGCAGCAGCAGCAGCAGCAGCAGCAGCACCACCAUCACCAUCACCAUCAACAGCAGCAGCAGCAGCAGCAGCAACAACAGCAACAGCCACAGCCAGGAGAAGCCUAUUCAGCUAUGCCUCGGGCUCAGCAGUCAUCUGCUUCUUACCAGCCAAUGCCAGCAGACCCCUUUGCCAUUGUUUCCAGAGCCCAGCAGAUGGUUGAGAUUCUCUCAGAUGAGAACCGGAACUUGCGGCAGGAGUUGGAAGGAUGCUACGAGAAGGUGGCGAGACUGCAGAAGGUGGAGACAGAAAUCCAGCGUGUCUCGGAGGCAUAUGAGAACCUUGUGAAGUCAUCCUCCAAAAGAGAGGCCCUGGAGAAAGCCAUGAGAAACAAGCUGGAGGGCGAGAUUAGGAGAAUGCAUGACUUCAACAGGGAUCUGAGAGAGCGUCUAGAAACUGCCAACAAGCAACUUGCAGAGAAGGAAUAUGAAGGGUCAGAGGACACCAGAAAAACCAUCUCACAGCUCUUUGCAAAAAAUAAAGAAAGUCAGCGGGAAAAGGAGAAGUUGGAAGCAGAGUUGGCCACUGCCCGUUCUACCAACGAGGACCAAAGGCGACACAUCGAAAUCCGAGACCAGGCCCUGAGCAAUGCCCAGGCCAAGGUGGUGAAGCUGGAAGAAGAGCUGAAAAAGAAGCAAGUGUACGUUGACAAGGUGGAGAAGAUGCAGCAGGCCCUUGUCCAGCUCCAGGCAGCAUGUGAAAAACGUGAGCAGCUGGAGCACCGUCUGCGGACACGGCUGGAGAGGGAACUGGAAUCCCUCAGAAUCCAGCAGCGGCAGGGUAGCUCUCAGCCCACUAACGUUUCGGAAUAUAAUGCUGCUGCACUGAUGGAGCUCCUUCGGGAGAAGGAGGAGAGGAUCUUGGCCCUGGAAGCUGAUAUGACAAAGUGGGAGCAGAAGUAUUUGGAGGAGAAUGUGAUGAGACAUUUUGCUCUAGAUGCCGCUGCAACCGUGGCUGCUCAGAGAGACACGACAGUCAUCAGCCACUCUCCUAACACCAGCUAUGACACAGCUCUGGAAGCUCGCAUCCAGAAGGAGGAGGAAGAAAUCUUGAUGGCCAACAAGCGUUGCCUUGACAUGGAGAGCAGGAUUAAGACCCUUCAUGCACAGAUUAUUGAGAAGGAUGCCAUGAUCAAAGUACUCCAGCAGCGUUCACGGAAGGAACCGAGUAAGACGGAGCAGCUGUCUUCCAUGCGGCCAGCAAAGUCACUGAUGUCAAUUUCCAAUACUGGGGCAGGUUUGCUCUCCCAUUCAUCCACCCUGACUGGCACCCCCAUCAUGGAAGAGAAGAGGGAUGACAAGAGCUGGAAGGGGAGCCUAGGUAUUCUCCUGGGUGGAGACUACCGUACUGAGUAUGUCCCUUCCACACCCUCACCUGUGCCACCCUCAACUCCCCUGCUCUCGGCUCACUCCAAGACAGGCAGCCGAGACUGCAGCACCCAAACUGAACGUGGAAUGGAACCCAACAAAACUGUUGCUCCCAUCUCUGUUCCUGCUCCAGUUGCUGCUGCUGCCACUGCUGCCACCAUCACUGCCACCGCUGCCACCAACACUGCCGCCGCUGCCACCAACACCACUACCAUGGUAGCUGCUGCUCCAGUUGCUGUUGCUGCUGCUCCAGCUGCUGCUGCUGCUGCCCCAUCUCCAGCAACUGCUGCUGCUAUUGCUGCUGCUGUCUGUCCAGCUACUGCUGUUCAGAUUCCAGCUGCUGCCUCUGCUGCUGCUGUUGUUCCUCCCUCUCCUGCUGCUGCUGCUGCUGUUGCUGCUGCUGCUGCUGUUCAGGUUGCUCCAGCUGCUCCGGCUCCGGUUCCAGCUCCCGCUCCAGCUCCGGCUCCAGCAGCGGCUCAGGCUUCUGCUCCAACUCAGACUCAGGCACCAACUCCAGCUCCGGCUGUGGCUCCUACUCUGGUUCCAGCUCCAACUCCAGCUUUGGCUCAGGCUGAGGCUCCUGCAAGUCCAGCUACCAGUUCUGGACCACAUCGUUCAUCUAUUUCAAGUUUGACCUGCAAUCCAGAGAAGACAGAUGGCCCUGUUUUCCACUCCAAUACUCUGGAAAGAAAAACUCCCAUUCAGAUCCUGGGACAGGAGCCUGAUGCAGAGAUGGUGGAAUAUCUCAUCUAAAUGGCCAGAUCAAGAGCUGCAGUUUAUCAGCAAGAAUGCUUUUAAUCAUUUUCCCCUUUGGUUUGUUCUUAUUUUGAGGGUGAGGACAAGGGUUGGGGGGAGGGCAUCUUUUUUAAAGGGACAGCUUUUUAUUGGAACAAUGUACUACUUAAGUAAUACCAUGUGAACUCCAGUCUAUUUUGGUAUACUUAGGGAGUACCUUGAAUGACAGAUUAAUCAGAAUGUGCUCUAAGGUAUGUUGUUUGGAUUUAUACAAAUACUGGGACUGUCAACAGGUGGCUAUACAUCAAUGUUUUUCAAUGUGCUUAAAUUUGUUUAAAAUUUCCGUAUUCCAGAUCAUGUUUUAUUGAAGAGCACAGUAUGUGUGGAAGACAGUGUGUAACAUGUAGUUCAGAAGUGGGAAGCCAGAAAGAAUUUGAGCGCGUGCUGCUUUGUAUAGUUACUAUCUAGCAAGCAGCCAGAGAAAGCUCUCGUCUCAGGCUUACGAAAGGGAAUAGUUUUAGGAGCUAUGUAAGCUGGAGAAAGGGUAGGGGGUAUUGGGGUGUGGAAGGGUGCUGGAGCUUUUUUUCCUACCAAUUUCUCAGCUGCCCUGCCCCAGGGGAUUGUGUUUGUCUUCAUUUCAGUGGUGCUUUGUGAGUGGAUUCUUUUGGUUCCCUCUUGGAGGUUCAUAAUUCAUACAUAUGCUCUGGAGUAAUUUAUUCAUUUGGAUAAUUAAUAUAUUGCUUUCAGAUGCUAGGAGAGUAAAUUAACUGAGUGAUGCACAAUUUCCUCUCUCUUAGGGAGUUAGGUCAUCAGAGGCCUUGAUGGAGAGUUACAGGAGGUACUAUAUGCAGAUUUGUGGUCUGCAUGUAGCAGUGGACACAGAUCACUUGACUUUUGUAAGACCAAUCAGCUUAGUGUUUAUUUUUUUUACAGCACAGAUUCACUAGCUGGGUUACUAGUCUCAAAUUGCCAAUCAUUUGCAAAAUGAGGAAGCAUCUUUGUUGACAAAUUGAAUGCUUUGAAUUUAUGGUGACUACUUUGAAAUAACUUGUUUUGUUUUCCCAAAUUCUUAGCAUAUGUCUUAAAAGCAUUUUUGACUAUCACCUCCAAGGGAAUAGCAUCAGAGCCCAAAGUACUAUGCUGUGGCCAGGGAAGAGGUUGAUUGUAGCAGGAUCCUCAACUACCUCUUCUUACUGCCAGUGAUUCCAUCUUGGAAUACCUUUGGGAAGCAGCAGGAAAUGUGCAUGUAGAUGGGGACCAAAAGAGGCAAUUGCUCCAAGCUUUGCCGUAGGGCUGCCUCCAGUGACACAGAGGGAUGCCAGUUGCCACAGGUCCCUGUCCUGUGUCACCUCUCUGCCCUUUAUUAAGGUGACAAAUUUGCAGAUAGCAUUAUUAAGAUCAGUUUUCAGGGGUAUAGGGAAGGAGAGGGGAGUGGGAGGGUGUUAGGUAAGGGUGGGGGGAGUAGAGGUUUGGGGAUGUGUUAGUUAGAAACCAGAUUAAUAGAAGAGUAGGCUUGAUGUAUUACAUCAUGAGCCAUAGUGGCAGAAAGGAACUUUAACAAUAUAGCCCUACCCUUU